AUGUCAAAACAAUCAAAAUUGAAAUCAAACCCAGAGAUUGUAAAAAAGGUAGUGCGAACUCAUGAUAAAAAGACGACGAAGGAAAGUAAAUUGAAUCGUGAAAAUCGAAUUCGUGGUCAAAUGGAGCGUAAACUUGCCACAUAUCAGCUAAGCUGUACGAAAUUUGGUAACGAAACCCGAAAUAAGUAUGAAGUAUCACAAAAGUUAUUAAUGAAAUCGCUAUACACUGCUGAAGAAAUUGAUAAGAGGCAUGCGCUUGCUGAACAUUUGCGCUCCAUUGCACCGUUUAAUCAUCGUUGGCAGGUAACGGAAACAAUUAAUGAAGGAACGUAUGGUGUAGUAUUUGCAGUACGUGAUGUAGAAACUGGUACAAAAGGUGUAAUAAAAGUUGCCAAAAUAGUAGGUAAUGAUGCAGGUAAUCAAGCUGCCGAAUGGGAAGGUUUUGUAUUGGAAAAAAUUUAUAAAAAUAAUCCAAAUGCAAGUAUUGUACGAUUAUUGGAUAAAGGUAUGCUUGUUGAUCAAAAUGGUGCAGGAAUGGAAUUUAUGGUACUUGAAAAAGCAGAAGUUGGAAUUGUGGAAUGGCUUAGCAAUUUCAGUGGUAUAAAAAGGAAACUUGCUGUUACAAAAGCUAUGUUGCAAAUGUUGAAAGGAAUUUACGAUAUGCAUCGUGAGGGUUUAUUACAUCGUGAUCUAAAACCGGAUAAUAUGGGUAUAUUAAAUAUUGAUCAACCUUUCGUUGUAUUGUUUGAUUUGGGUAUGACAAAAAUGUAUACUGAUGAAGAAGGAAAAUGCCGAACACCGCGAUCAACAUGUGCUUUUCGUGGUACACCAGAAUGGGCUAGUGGUUGGGCAUCAAAAGGUCGAGAACAAAAUCGUUUCGAUGACUUAAUUUCAUGGUUAUAUGUAGCAUGUGAACUUUAUGAUCCAUCUUUAAUGGUUACACAACCAUUACCCUGGACAAAUCAUCAAAAUAAACGGAUUAUCAAUUAUUUAAAAACAGUUUAUUGUCCAGCGCAAAUUUUGCUACGACGAGCUCCACGACAAUUUUACGAAAUUAAUGCAUAUUUAAUGACAGCUAAUCGUAAUGUAACACCAAAAUAUAAAUUCCUUGCUGAUAAAGUGAUGGAAGCAAUCAAAGAAUUGAAGAUAUUGGCAGAUGGCGAAAAAACGAGUGAAAAAAAUAGUAUUGAAAAUAAGAGAAGUACAGAUACGAUGACUGAAAAAACUUCGGCAACAACUGAAAGUAUUCAAAAUGUGAAAAUAAAGCGAAUGAUAAAACAAAAGAAGGUAAAGAAGUAA